AGACUAUACCUACAAUAAUUAUUUGAGUUAAUUAAAUUUGAAUUCAAUUUAGAUUGAAAUAGUCGUCCAAAGUCCAAAAGAGCACGAACAAAUAUCACUCAUUUUAUUAUUUUUAAGCUACCUCGAUUUUCUUCAUCCUCUGAACCGUAUGAAAGGGAACGUAGUUUUAUUAUUUUUAAUGGCAGCCUGAAAAACGGAAGUUAGCGCUGAAAUUGAGGUCGCUAGAUUGCAUGAGAGUUUUUGUAAGUUGGGGGUGUGGGCAAUUCCGUCGUAGUUCAGCCGAACACUGAUUAUUCGUUCAAUCAAUACCACAUUACUGUAUAGUUUGUCUCUUCUGCUACAGAGAAUGGAUAACGAAGGGGUACAUCAAUUGACGAGACAGAUGAGUCUGAAGAAAUCUUUCAGAUUGGGAAUACAAGCGUCUCUCGCUGCGUGUUCCAAGGAGGACUUCCGCAAAGCUUUCUCAAGCUUCAGCCCAAAGGAGCAAGAAUACAUUCAUCAGUUCUUUACGCAGGUUGCUUCUUCUAUUCACGAAUGUAUCGAGAAAGACUUUGAAGAUAUCUGCCGGGAAAAAGAGGUAGAAAAAGUUCUUGAUACUGUGGAACUUCUUGUGGAAGAGCAUCGCUUGGAGCCACUAAAGAGUAAUGCUUCUGAAGAAGUGCUGAAGCAUCUGUUAGAAAUAAAAAAGUUCGAGGUCAACCGCUUGAUGGGCAUGGUGGAACAGGCAGAAGAGCGGAAGCAACUUAUCAGUUCUCGUAUUGACUUCUUAAAGAACGAAAAGGUAGAUUUAUCAGGCGCUAUAGAUUUGGUGGAAAAGUUAAGGUCUUUGACUUCGAGCAACACCACAUGCAAUUAAAUCCUCGAGUUAUGUAUGAACAAGUAAAUGUUAUGAAUUAGGAGAGCUGGAUUUAUGUAUUAACCAGAAACCGUUUGUUUCGAAUUUUGCGUGGGCGUGUCUCGUAGCUUAUACAUAAGAGCAAAUUAAACCCAGCUUAAAGCCUUAAACUUUUCUUUUCUCAUUUUUCCAUCCAAUUCUGAUCCUAAAAUCAAAGUUGUAAUGUUGAGCUUUGCCCCAAGCUCAUUCUUCUCUAUAUUAUUACUCCC